GCAGCAGCACCGAGCUAACAAGUCUUUGUGAGGAGAGGGAGGGGAGAGAAGAGGGGGUGAGGAGCAUUAGAGAAGCAGACAGUGCCAGAGCUGACAGUAUGAGACUCAAAUGAGGGUGCAGCCGGAGAAGGAAUAAGAUAGUGACAGAGGCAGAGGUGCCCAGUGCUGCACAAUAGUGCCAGAGGCUGCUGGAAACAUAGAGAGAGGGGGGAGAGAGCAGGCAUCAUGGCAGCGCUCACUGCAUCAUCACGACACAUGGGGAUGUUUGGCUGCUGCUGCUGCUGCUGGUGAGCACCGUGUGAUGCAGAGGAGAGAGUCGAGGAGGACUUCCUGGAAACCAAAGGCGAGAAAACAGGUGUGACCAGUGGAAGGAGCCACAUGAUGAGUGGGAUCCUGAAGAGGAAGCUCGAGGAGGGCCCCUCCCCUUACUUGUCUCUGCAGGGGUCUGACGAUGACGAGGUUUCCUGCAGUGACAGCGGCAACAGCAGCGAUAGUCUCAACCAUUCCGUCCCCUCCGGACUAUUGGACUCCUCUCUCCAGCAGCAGUCUAAGCGACUGCGAGGUCGCAACGUGCACUUUGAGAGUGUGACGGUGUACUAUUUUAACCGGCGCCAGGGCUUCACCAGCGUGCCCACUCAGGGCGGCAGCACCCUUGGGAUGUCGCCACGUCACAGCGGGGUCAGGCGAUUCACUCUCAGGGAGUUUGCCAUGGAGCAGAAACGUAGCCACCGGAUCAUGCUGAGGGAUCAUCUGAAAGAGGAGAAACUCAAUGCCAUCAAACUCAAACUGACUAAGAAUGGCACCGUGUCAUCCGUGGAGGCGGAUACCCUCACGCUCAAUGAUAUAUCCGAAGACGACUUGGAUGUGGAAAACACGGAGGUGGACGACUACUUCUUCCUCCAGCCCCUGACGACCAGAAGGCGCCGUGCCCUUCUUCGUUCCUCGGGGGUCCGCCGCAUUGAGGUGGAGGAGAAGCAUGAGCUGCGCGCCCUGCGCAUGUCCCGGGAGGAGUGUGGGUGUCGCUGCCGGGGGAUAUGUGACCCGGAGACCUGUGCUUGCAGCCUGGCCGGCAUUAAGUGCCAGGUAAAUGGAACUGUGGUGGACCGCAUGUCCUUCCCCUGUGGCUGCACCAAGGAGGGCUGCAGCAACACCACGGGGCGGCUCGAGUUCAACCCGGUCCGGGUCCGCACUCACUUCCUGCACACCAUCAUGAAGCUGGAGCUGGAGAAGAGCCGCGAGGAGCAAUAUCAGCAUCAGCAGCCGGAGCAGCAGCUUGUAACCAAUGGCAACAGUUACCAUGGCGACUCCACCUUGGUCCAGCAGCAGCAGCAGCAACAGCAGCAGCAGCAGCAGCCGAACCUGCAGUUUCCACUGAUGAGCAGCACACAGCACAUUCCCAUAAUGCACCUGCAGAACACAGACACAGACGCACAACUAGAUGAAGAGGAGGAAGAGGAAGAAGAGGACGAUGAGGAGGAAGACGACGAAGAUGAUGAUAACGAAGAGGAAGAGGAUGAUGAGGCCUAUGAUGAGGAUGGCAGCAGUGUUUGCAGUGGGCUGUCGGACUGUAGCACACACAGCUUAGAAACAAUCAACCCUGAGGAGGACGAGGAGGAUGAGGAAGAGGAGGAGGACGAGGAAGACGAAGAGGAGGAGGAGGAAGAGGACGAAGAGGAUGAAGAGGAGGACUGGGAUUGUUCGUUAAACGGAACAGGUCCUCCGCCUUACUCUGUUCCACUUCCUUCUAUGUUGAGUUACUCUAACAGCACCCUCAUGAGCCUCAGUAACCCCUUCCACAGCACUCCCCCCAUGCAGCAUUAUCAGAUAGACAGCUCUGUAAGUGACACUCCUGCCUUCCCGAAUGAAAAUGUUAGCAUCACUCCCACGCUCCCCACGGUGGAGUCUGCAUUAGAGUCAGAAAUGAACACAGAACUCCGCUGCCAAACAGAGCAGCAGAGCGCCCUCCGCCAUUUCUCCGAGUCCCUGACCCUCCAGACUCGCUCACAUGCGGACGCCCGUGAGGCCAACGCUGCCCCUGCUGGCACAGCUGGCGAACAGCCUCGCUCGACAGGCCUCCAGAACAGUCCAGGCCGCCGUGACUCACAGACUGAGCAGCCAGCAGAGGAAACAGGAGAGGCCGAACAAGAGCAAGCAGCACAUGAUCAGACGGCAUCAUCCGAGAGCGUCUGAUGAUUGAAAGGAUUCAGAGAGGGAAUCGGUACAUUUGGAACCUUUAUUCAAGAAUUGUGACAUUCAACCGUCGGAUUUUGCUUUAUUCUUGAUAAGUGCACUUCCAAAGAGAGCCAUUUUGACAUGGGAGGCUGUAAGAGGUGACACAAGUUUAGCUAAGACUGUCGGAUGAGACAAAAGACUAUAAAGCUAUGAACGGUUCACUGAUAUCUCUCAAUAAAACAGUAUUUCUGUGUCUAGAUGAUGUAUAAUUUAUGCGCUGUCAUAAAGUCUUUGAUCAUUACAGCAUGUUUUCUGGUCAGGAUCGGCAUCUAUGACGAAUCACACUAAGAUUUCGAGGUGCUUGUAUAUUGUUUCACUAUUUUCCAUUGUGCUGCUGUCUCCUUGUUGCUGCUAAUGAUUCUUAAAUGCCUGUCUGUAUCGCAUGUGUUGAGUUUACCUAAGAUGUCUCGAGGCUUGCACAGUGUGUAAAAUGAUAAAUGAUGUCAUAGACAUAACAUUUUCAAUCAUAUAAAUCUCUACCUACACAUAAAAACGUUGUAAUUCA